AGCUAAUUCAGAGGCUGGAUUUUGUAAUUAUUGUGAGGGUUGUAAAGAAGGUCAGAGACAAUCAUGUGUUAUCUCCAUCAUCUUAGCUCUGCCCCCAGAAAUCCAGUAUGAUGAUAUUCUUAGAAAAUCCUAAAGACUCAACUUAAAUGUUAGUUGAAACAAUUAAAAUUUUAGCCAAUUAGUAGGUUGUUAAGUAAGUUCACAUAAUCAUCAGCAUUCCUGUAUAUCACAAAUAAAAUCCUUUAAGAAGACAUAGUAAAAGAUAUACCAUUGAACAAACUCUAGAUAUUAUAAAAUACUUGGGAGUACACUUGCUAAAACAAAAUCACAAAAAUAAAGUCAGAUUUAUAUAAUUGGAGAAAUAUUAAUUGUUCAAGACUAGGCAGGAUGAAUAUAAUAAGAAUGACAAUUUUUCCAAACCAAUUGAAUGCCAUCUCAAUUAAAUUGCCAAAAAAAAUUAUGUUACUGAGUUUUAAAAAAUAGCAAAAUUAAUGUGGAAGGACAAAAAGUCAGGAAUGUAAAAGGAUCUAAUAAAAAAAAUAUAUAGGAAUGAAGUUUAACAAUACCUGAUCUAAUGAUACUUGCUAAGGAAUGCACAGAUCAAUGCAACAGACUAGACAUACAAUUUACAGUAGCAAAUAAAUAUAGUAACAUUACAUCUGACAAAUGUAAAGACAUAUUUUGGAAAAAAAUUUUUGGUAAAAACUGCUGGCAAAAGUGAAAAACAGUUAAGCAGAAAUUGGCCAUAGACCAAUAUCUUGUAUUAUUUACCAAAAUAAGGCCAAACUGGAUACAUAAUCAUUACUUUUUAUGGCAUAUAUGUAUAUCCUUAUAUUCAUAUAGUACAAUUUAUCUCUUCCUCAGUUAGCAGGAAUCUCUUAUAAUUAUACUUCUUUGCUACUUCAGAUAGUAGCAAAACAUUCAUUAGAGAAAUUUCUUGCUGUGAUUGCUGAAAGAAUUGCUCUCCUUUGCUCUAAGUAUAUUUCUGCCAAUAAUUGUAUUAGUCAUUAUAACCUUAGUAAUAUAGAAUUUAGAGCUGAAGAUGACAAUAGAGACCUUCAAAAGAAGAUUUAGAAAAGCUAAAUAAUAUGCUCAAAGUCACAGAGUCUGUAUACAGUACACUUGGUUGAAACCAGUUCCCCAGAUUCAGUUCUUUUUCCUUCUAACUCUUGCCAUUAUGAAAUAAUGCUGAAGAAACAUGAAAACAUCCUUAUCUUUCUUUCCCCUUUUUCUAGAUUCUAUGAAAACUAUCAACCACUCUUUUGUGUUUGUUAUUUACAAAUUGCAGCUACUUUCAUUAGUAUAGCAAUGACCCUUAAACCCUGACAACUUAAAUAUAAUUUCAGGUAAAGCAAGGUAUAAAGAAGAGUCAUUUGGGCUAAUUUUACACACCCAAAUUGUUAACCCAAAUUCCUUGAGAGGAGGGACUGUUUCAUUUUUGUAUUUAUAACUCAAAGACUGAGUACAUCAAGCUUUCUCCUGAAGACUGCAUCCUCAAGCAGCUUGAUAUCUCCCAUAUGGGUGGUUCAUUCUCUCACUUGUCACCAAUCUUGGCAAGGCAGAGUAGUGAGUAUACCCUUAGUUCUCCAGUGAUCCUUUCAGAACUUUUCUCUGCCGCGAUGACUUAAGAAACCUUUUCUCUCCCUGACAAUUCAUUUCAUCCUUGUCCUGAUCUUUCUUCUUGUCAUCCACAAACCUGUCCAUCCUUCCUCCCCACAAGCCUAAUUAAUCCAUUUAGUGUUCAGACUCAUAGGCUUCUUACCCUCAACCUUUAAUUCCUUCAAAUUCAUUGUUUUUCUAGAUUCUGAUCCUCCAAAGUUCCUAUAGCUUCUGAUUCCAUUAUGCCAAAAAUGUUAGGAUUAAUCCUCUCUCUGCUUCCCCCAACCCUUACUUAAUUAGUAAAUUUACCCCAUGUAUCAGAAAUCCUAGUUCUGACUCUAAUGGAAUACUUUCAUCCUUAAAGGAAUACAAAGGGCUUCUUGCUGUUGGGCCCUCUUUUGUCUAGAUUUUACAUAAGCCAAUGAUAAAUCAUUAGUAUUCACUUUGCAAAUGAAAAUACAUCUUUUCUUAAUAUACUGGACUAAAAGGUUAUAUACAUAGAAGAGGAAAAGAUCUGAUUCAUCUAAUAGUCCCUGAUAUGAGCAGGCGGGCUUGGGCAUGGAGCCAUGCCUGACAGGGAAUCCUCUUCCCUUUACAGAGUCUUUCAAGGUCCUGUUCAAGUCACAUUUGUUGUUUACAAUGUGCCAAACACUGCUAACUUCAGGGGAAUUGCAGAGACAUAUACAGGACAUAGGUCCUGCCUUCAAGUUCUGAUUCUAUCAUUGGAAAUACAGAAUGGACCCAGAUGACUGCAAGAAAAGUCACAUAGAUGCCUUAAAAGCAGAUAACAUGAGGUAUAGAAGUCCGAGGAGAAGCAGCUCACUCCUAGAAGAGGUGGUCUAGGAAGGAUCCCUACCUAGAGGUUAUAUAAGACAAUAGAAAUUUGCUGAUGAAUUAUGCGUGUUUUGCUGUCUGAAUGAAUUUUUUUUUAUUUUGUGUUUCCCCAAAACUCCCAAAGAUGGGUGCUGCAUCGAGUCAACCUGACACAACAGUGAGUAUCACUUUCUUCCAUUCCUUCUACAUUCCAUAGCCAGAUCAGUCAGCCUUCUCCUACUGUCUGAAAAUGCCCUCAAGAGGUUCUGAAUCUAGCAUUGGACAUACAGAAUGAACCCAGAUGACUGCAAGAAAAGUCACAUAGAUGCCUUAAAAGCAGAUAACAUGAGGUAUAGAAGUCCGAGGAGAAGCAGUUCACUCCUAGAAGAGGUGGUCUAGGAAGGAUUCCUACUCAGAGGUUGUAUAAGACAAUAGAAAUUUGCUGAUGUAUUAUACAUGUUUUGCUAUCUGAAUGAAUUUUUUUUAUUUUGUGCUUCCCCAAAACUCUCAAAGAUGGGUGCUGCAUCGAGUCAACCUGACACAACAGUGAGUAUCACUUUCUUCCAUUCCUUCUACAUUCCAUAGCCAGAUCAGUCAGCCUUCUCCUACUGUCUGAAAAUGCCCUCAAGAGGUUCUGAAUCUAGCAUUGGAAAUACAGAAUGAACCCAGAUGACUGCAAGAAAAGUCACAUAGAUGCCUUAAAAGCAGAUAACAUGAGGUAUAGAAGUCCGAGGAGAAGAAGCUCACUCCUAGAAGAGGUGGUCUAGGAAGGAUUCCUACUCAGAGGUUGUAUAAGACAAUAGAAAUUUGCUGAUGAAUUAUACAUGUUUUGCUAUCUGAAUGAAUUUUUUUUAUUUUGUGCUUCCCCAAAACUCUCAAAGAUGGGUGUUGCAUUGAUUCAAGCUGUCACCUCAGUCCAUAAUGAUACCCUGAGAAUUGUACUGGUUGGAAAAACUGGAAAUGGAAAAAGUGCAGUAGGGAAUACCAUCCUGGGGAAGGAAGUUUUUAUAUCUAAAACUACAUCACAUUCAGUGACCCAGGUCUGUGAAAAAGCAGUUGGAACCUGGAAAGGGAAAGACCUUACAAUUGUUGACACACCUGGGUUGUUUGAUACAAAGAAGAAUCUAGAAACCACUUCUAAGGAGAUCAGUCGCUGUGUCAUCCUUUCCUGCCCAGGACCACAUGCCAUCAUUCUGGUUCAGCAACUGGAUCGAUACACUGAUGAAGCAAAACACACUGUCUCUUUGAUUAAGGCAAUCUUUGGGAAGUCAGUCAUGGACUUUAUGGUCAUCUUGUUCACUCGGAAAGAUGACUUGGGAAAUGGGACCCUAGAUGACUUUAUAAAAACUUCUGAUAAAGAUAUCCAAAAUCUUAUCCAAGAGUGUAGUGGAAGACGCUGUGCUUUUAAUAACAAAGCUGAGGGCAAUGAAAGAGAAACACAGGUGAAGGAGCUUAUGGACAUGAUUGAAAAAAUGGUGAAGGAUAAUGAGGGAAAAUACUAUUCAGAUGAAAUAUUUAAGAAAACUAAUGAGUCACUGAAAAGACAAAGAGAAGCCUUGAAGGAAAUCUACACUUCACAAAGAGAUCGUGAGCUGAAAUAUAUAGAGGAACAAUAUGCUGACAGAGAUUCUCUGACAGAAGAGAAUCAAAGGGAAAAGGAAAAACAAAUGGAAGAGGUAUACAAGAAUUAUGAAAAAAAAAUGAAAAAUGUAAACACAGAUGCUGAGAAGUCUGUAUUUGACCAAAUUUUUCAGUACAUGAGGGAUAAGAUUUCUCAAAUUUCUGGUUGGUUUAGAAAAUGAUGAUCUAUUGAUUUCUUAUAAAUGGUGAUAUCUUGGAUGUACAGAAUUAUAACCUUAUGAAAUGGGUAGAAAUAAGUCCUACUUUUCUUCAUGUCACUGAGAGAAGUGAUUUUUAAAUGAAAGAACAUUAUAUGUUGGGGAUAGAGCCCCCACUGGGGAUUUGCCAUAUUAUAUAACUCCCAGAAUUGAAUUUCACACUUGUUUUGCCUGAUACUUUAUUUACCAUGUGCCUAAGAAGUAGGCUAUGACACUUUAAACACUUUAUGGAAGCAAGUAGCUAAUUAGUCAUGAAUAAUUCUGUACAUAAAUAAAAAAUGGUACCCUUUAGCAUGGGAGAAAUGUUUAUGUAGUAAAAAGGACCAGGAAUUGGUCAUAGUCCUAUCAUCAUCAUAGAAGUCAGAUUACUCCUUGGACAGCUUUCUGACUCCUUAUUGUCCUGAGUCUGACAUGAUAUUAGUCUUCCAUAUUUAUUAAUUCUUUUUAUGUACCACCUCCAUACUUAACAAAGAAACAAAAAUUAUUCUAUCUUCCUCCUAAACAUGGCUUUACUUUUCAUUUGUGCUCCUAUUCAGCUACUAUGAACUCUUUGCUUUGGCCUGUAGGGAAUAUAAGCUCCCCAUUAGCAGGUAUUGUUUCACUCAUUAUACUUGUAUUCCUAAGACUAUCUGCUAUAUAGCAGAUGUGUAAUAAAUGCUUGUUAAUGGUUCUACUUAGCCAAGUUAUGUCACUGAUAUGAGACAUUAUAGUGCCAUCUCAUUGACUGGGUUCUUCAAAGACCUGAGCUCCAUAUUGCUUUUCUUUCUCCUUCCCAAUUCACUAAAUAGGAGAAGUUAUUUCUAAAACUGAUUGGGUUAACAAGGGAAGGUAGAAUUAUCUUGAGAUUUAAGUUCUGUGGAAUAAGUAUUGUCCUGUGACUAGAGAUAGUUGAUAAUACCUUGUGAAGAUGGAAGGAUGCUUCAUUAAGGAAAUAAACAUUUAUAUAAUCUACUAUGUGCCAGAUACUGUACAAAAUGCUUUAACAAAUAUCAUCUCAUUUGCUCCUAAAGACAACUAUGUAAGAUAAGUGCCAUUAUUAGCUCCAUUUUAUAUUUGAAGAAACUAAAAUAGAAGUUAAUGAGUGGUUUCUGAAAAACAUGACAAUGAAUGUUUGUGGUAGUUCUUUUUGUAGUGGCAAGGAACUGGAAAUUGAACAAAUAAUCAUCAGUUGUGGAAUGGCUGAAUAAAUUAUGGUAUAUUAA